UAUUAACUUAACCAAUCCCUUUCUUCUCCACUCUAUCCUCCUUUCCUUAUUAAUACAUCUUCACAUCUGUCUUUUGGUUUCUUCUCUCCCUCCACGAUCCCCAUCUCUUUUGGAAGAACAUGGUUUCUUCACCUUUCUGUGUGCCCCAUCAUCAUCGAUCAGCUUCGACCAGAUUCAGAUUACUGUGUCAUACAUAUAUAUUGUGUGCUUUUAUUAUACUACCAGUUUCUUGAUUUAUACUAUACACCAUGGAAAGUCGUCUAGACUUCUUUUCUACAGAGGAUUGAGGACUCCAACAGUGAUCACAAUUAUUAGGAGGAUAUUUCUCUCUCCCAAUCUUUCUCAAGAACAGCAGUUUAAUUUCUUUGUUUCUUUUUCUCUCACUGAAUUACGAAUGAUUUGAGAACUCUCCAGUCACAUAAAGUUUUCACACCAUCAGGCACAGUAAUUUAGAAUUAGGGUAUAAUUUCCAGGAUCUAUGGCGACGUAUUUCCAUGGGAAUUCAGAAAUUCAAGGCGGCGGCGAUGGGUUACAGACGCUGAUUCUGAUGAAUCCUGCCUACGUUGGAUACUCCGACAACCAAGCGCCGCAGCCUCCGCCUCCCAGCAGCAAUUUCGUAUUCCUAAACUCCAAUUCUCCGGGGAACAACGCUCAGCACCUCUCCCACGCGCCGCCGUCCCAGACGCAGCACUUCGUCGGCAUACCCCUCCAAGGAAGCGCCGCUCCGUCAUCCGCAGCGUCGCCCCCAGAUCCCCCGCCGCAGGAUGUCUCCGGCAUCCAUGGAUUCCUCCCGCGUCUCCACUACAAUCUUUACAACCUUCCGGUCGAUGUAGGGGCGGCGCGUGAAAUCACACGCGCCCAGCAGGGUCUCUCCUUGAGCCUCUCCUCGCAGCAGCCCCAACCCCCCGGAUUCGGGACUUUCCGGCCGGAAAGGGAGCUGCCGUCGCAGCCACUGGUUACCGCCGUCUCCUCGCCCCCCCGCGGCGCCGGCGAGGAUGUCAGGCUGUGCGGUGGGUCUCCUUCCUCAGCUUCCGGAGUUUCCAACGGCGUCAAUGGAGUGCAGAGUGUGCUGUUGAGCUCCAAAUACCUGAAAGCAGCACAGGAGCUUCUAGAUGAAGUUGUCAGCGUCGGGAAGGGGGCCAAGGCCGCCACGGAAUCAUCGAAGGGGACCAACGCGUCCCAGGCCAAGAACGCCGGAGAUUCCGCCGGCGCCGCCGUGAGUGGAGACGGGCAAAGCGGAGCAGACGGCGGCGGGAGCGCAAAACGCGGCGCGGAGCUGACCACAGCAGACAGACAGGAAAUUCAGAUGAAGAAAGCAAAGCUUGUUAACAUGCUUGAUGAGGUGGAGCAGAGGUACAGACAAUACCAUCACCAAAUGCAGAUUGUGAUCUCCUGGUUCGAACAAGCUGCCGGAAUUGGCUCUGCCAAAACCUACACUGCCCUGGCCUUACAAACCAUCUCAAAGCAAUUCCGGUGCCUGAAAGACGCAAUCCUCGGCCAAAUCCGCGCUGCCAGCAAGACCUUAGGCGAAGAAGACGGGUUGGAGGGCAAAAUCGAGGGGUCGCGGCUCAAAUACGUCGACAACCAGAUAAGGCAGCAGAGGGCAUUGCAGCAAUUGGGAAUGAUCCAGCACAAUGCUUGGAGACCCCAGAGAGGCCUUCCGGAACGUUCUGUUUCCGUUCUUCGAGCCUGGCUCUUCGAACACUUCCUCCACCCCUAUCCCAAAGAUUCGGACAAGCUCAUGCUUGCUAAACAGACAGGGCUCACUAGAAGUCAGGUGUCGAACUGGUUCAUCAACGCCCGAGUUCGGCUGUGGAAGCCGAUGGUGGAGGAGAUGUACAUGGAGGAGAUGAAGGAUAACGACAAGAACGGAUCAGACGUCAAGACGAUCAGCAAAAGUGACCACAAUGAAGAUUCAUCCUCCAAAUCCGCAGCUGCUCCUCCCCCGCCGCCAACUCAGAUUCCGACCAAGAAACAUUCCGACAACCACCCCAUCACCCACACAACUCCUCCCGGAAUGUCCAUGUCCGCUAAUUCCACGUCGCCGUCCGCAAUGCGGACCAUCGCAGGAUUCAACCUCAUAGGCUCAUCCGACAUCGACAGCAUCGCGCAGGGGAGCCCGAAGAAGCUGCGCGGCGAAAUGCUACACUCCCCGACCGCCAUCCCGACAAUGACCAUGGAAUCGAAACACGGCGACGCCGACGGCAGUGGCGAUCAAAUGUCGAUGAAGUUCGGGGGCGACAGGCAGGGCAGAGACGGGUUCACAUUAAUGGGAGCGCCGACAAACUUCAUCGGAGGAUUUGGAUCGUAUCCGAUCGGAGAGCUCGGGAGAUUCGGGGCAGAGCAGUUUCCAGCGCCGUAUUCCGGCAACGGUGUUUCUCUUACAUUAGGCCUUCCCCACUGCGAAAACUUGUCGAUGUCGAGAGCCCACCAGACAUUUCUCCCGAAUCAGACAAUGCAGCUCGGACGAGGUGUCGAAAUCGGGGAAACCAACGACUUCAAUACCAUGAAUGCACCUGCAAACACACACUCAGCCAAUGUGUACGAAAACAUCAACAUUCAGAACCGCAAGAGGUUCGCCGCGCAGCUGCUGCCGGACUUCGUAGCUUGAUACAAAAUCCAUGGAAGAUUAGCUAGGCUGGAUGCAGAUUCAGAUUCAGUACGAGGUAUUUGCAAAUGCCAGAAAUUAAGAAUCUUUGAUCUUCACUAUUUUUUUUCCCUAUCCCUUAUUGCUAGGAUAAAGGGGGAUUGAAUGAUAGUGUAGAGAAGGAAAGAAGCUUAGAUAGUAUAUCUACAUCUACGACAUCUAUACAUAUAUAUAUAUAUAUAUAUAUGUACGUACGUAUGUAUGUAUGUAUACAUUUCAGGAGGGCCAAUUUGUGGUUCUUACAAUAUAGUCUUAGGUUUUUCUUUUUUGAAAGAUUUGCUUGGGGAUGUAUAUUAAUUUUGUAUUUGCAGAUAAUAGAUGAUUGUGAUAUAUUGUAAUAUGGAGAAACCAGUUAUUAUUUUGGUUGGUAUACAUGAAUAAGAUUAAUACAUGUAUCUGCCUUUGUUCCA